AUGGGUGCAGCAUUAAGUGGAUCUAGAUGGGAGAAUGGAAUAUAUCCUAGAUUGUCAGAGGAACAACAGGAACAGGUUGCUGAUCCAAAUGGUGGAGCAGUGGACAAUCCGAAUAACAAUAAUGAUGUUGGAGGCGGAGGAUCACCAAGUUCAAUGCAAAUGUCACCGUUGGCAUCUAUACUGCCACAGGUAUAUGCUGCAAAGAAUGUAUCCAGUCGUGUCAAUCUACAUCGUGACACUGUUGUCUUUGAGCGUAUUGACGUCAAACCAAUCUCAACAACAACAAACGUCGUAGCAGAUAACUAUCCAAUACAAGAGGUCAGUGAUAGUAAUGGUGAUAGUAAUGGCAAUGUAGUUAUUGAUAUAAGUGGAGCAUCAUCUGGUUCUGGUUCUGGUUCUGGCUCAGAGUCAACUAGUACUUCAACUACAACUACUACAUCAACAUCGACAACAACAAUAACAUUGGAUAAGGAUGACAAUAAGACAAACAAUGUAGAGGGUACCUACAACAUCAAGUUCAAGUUCGACACUGAAGAGCCUUGUGUAAUAGACGUACACAUCGUUGGAACAGAUACACUCAACAAUAUCUCAUCACAGUUGAGACUUGGACCAUUCUACUUCCAAGAUGGAUUGAAUCAACAGUUCUCAUUAUCACCUUCAGAGUAUAUUAACCUCUCUAACUUUACACAAGUCGAUCUGACCAAGUGUAACAUCGAUAGGGUACAAUAUCCCGUCAUUGUAACUAUAAAGACAAACUCCUAUGUAGCAGAUGAGAAGAAUGAACAGUUACCUCCACCUACAUCUACAUCGACAACGACUACCUCCACGACAACAACAUCAGGCUCUACAGUAGUAUCUCUGGAGAAGCAACAACAGUCUAAUGAGGAGAUUGUACGAAGCCAGUACACCUACCUCACUCUACUAGCUUGCAACGACCAAACCUUUGCCAUCAAGCCAUUGAAGCAAAAGAUUGUUCUUGAUCAUCAGAACUACAUCAUACAUGAUAUCUAUGGAUUGGAGAACUCUGAGGAUAACCGAGAAUGUGUUAUUUGUUUGGUUGAGCCAAAGGAUGUGUUGGCUAUCCCUUGCCGCCACUUCUGUCUUUGUUCCAAGUGUGCCGAGACCAUGAGGACAGUGUCAAUCAAGUGUCCAAUUUGCAGAUCGCCCAUCAGGUCUUUGUUAAAGAUGGAUAUCAAGCAGACUCCACAAUAG